AUAACAAUGGCUGUCGUCAUUACCGGUUCCGCUGAAGCUUAGCUUGCAAGUGUGAAGGUAGUCGGUCAGUGAGUCGGAAUUGUGGUGCAGUGUUUAUGCAAUAUUUCUUCGAUUAGAGGCUCCUUAGUAUUGUUGAAAUGUCGAAGCGUCGAAUAGAAGUUAUUGAUCCAUAUAUAAAGAAACGGAGCGGUGAUCGAGAGAAUGAUAGAGAUAGAGAUCGGACUAAGGAGAGAGACAAGGAUGAUAAGAAGAUACCUCCAAGUCUGGGGACUCCCUUGACCAGCUAUCCUAAGCAAAACCUUCAAAUAAACCUCUUCACAGGUCUGCCGUAUACACCACGGUAUCAAGAAUUUCUACGCAAACGUGUCACACUGCCAGUGUGGGAAUAUCGAGCCCAGUUCAUGAAACUUCUGGAAGAGAAUCAGUGCAUAGUUCUAGUUGGUGAAACUGGUUCGGGAAAGACAACUCAGAUACCUCAGUGGUGUGUGGAAUUUUCAAGAACUAAGGGGAAGAGAGGUGUGGCAUGUACUCAGCCGAGAAGGGUAGCGGCCAUGUCAGUAGCCCAACGCGUAUCCGAAGAAAUGGAUGUUUGCUUAGGACAGGAAGUUGGCUACAGUAUUAGGUUUGAAGAUUGCUCUUCAGCAAAAACUCUCUUAAAGUACAUGACUGAUGGUAUGUUGUUACGAGAAGGUAUGUCAGACCCUAUGUUAGAAAACUAUCAGGUGAUUCUGUUGGAUGAAGCUCACGAGAGAACUCUAGCAACAGAUAUCCUUAUGGGCGUUUUGAAGGAGGUCACUAAGCAGCGUUCAGAUAUGAAGUUGGUUAUUAUGUCAGCCACACUUGAUGCUGGAAAGUUUCAGCAAUAUUUUGACAAUGCACCAUUGAUGAAUGUACCUGGUAGAACACAUCCUGUUGAAAUUUUCUACACGCCAGAACCAGAAAGAGACUACCUUGAAGCCGCUAUCCGAACUGUGAUUCAAAUCCACAUGUGUGAAGAAAUUGCUGGUGACGUUCUCCUUUUCCUCACAGGCCAAGAAGAAAUUGAAGAAGCUUGUAAGAGAAUUAAGCGUGAAAUUGAUAACCUUGGACCAGAAGUUGGGGAGCUGAAAUGCAUUCCUCUCUAUUCUACACUUCCUCCCAAUCUUCAGCAACGUAUCUUUGAACCUGCACCACCAAAUAAACCAAGUGGAGCCAUUGGACGGAAAGUUGUCGUCUCAACAAACAUUGCAGAAACUUCUCUAACUAUUGAUGGUGUUGUAUUUGUAAUUGAUCCUGGAUUUGCAAAACAGAAGGUUUAUAAUCCCCGCAUCCGAGUCGAAUCCCUUCUGGUCUCUCCCAUUAGUAAAGCUUCUGCUCAGCAGAGGGCUGGUAGAGCUGGCCGUACAAGGCCGGGCAAGUGCUUUCGACUUUAUACGGAGAAAGCGUUCAAACAAGAGAUGCAGGACAACACGUAUCCUGAAAUUCUUCGUUCAAACCUAGGCUCUGUUGUUUUGCAACUUAAGAAGCUGGGAAUUGAUGACUUGGUCCACUUUGAUUUCAUGGAUCCUCCAGCCCCAGAAACGCUGAUGCGAGCAUUGGAAUUACUGAACUACUUGGCUGCGUUGGAUGACGAUGGCAACUUGACAGACCUAGGUGCAGUUAUGGCGGAAUUCCCUCUGGAUCCUCAGUUGGCGAAGAUGUUGAUCGCCAGCUGUAACCACAAUUGCUCUAACGAGAUUUUGUCCAUCACAGCUAUGUUGUCAGUCCCACAGUGCUUCGUGCGGCCCAAUGAGGCCAAGAAAGCGGCAGAUGACGCCAAGAUGAGAUUUGCUCACAUCGAUGGUGACCACCUCACGUUACUCAACGUCUACCAUGCUUUCAAACAAAACUCGGAGGAUCCUCAGUGGUGUUAUGACAACUUCGUUAACUAUCGGUCUCUGAAGUCAGGUGACAAUGUGCGGCAGCAGCUCUCUCGUAUCAUGGAUCGCUUCAACCUGAAGAGAACCUCAACAGAUUUCACAUCCAAGGAUUACUAUAUAAAUAUAAGAAAAGCCUUGGUUACGGGAUUUUUUAUGCAGGUUGCCCACCUGGAAAGAACGGGUCACUAUUUGACCAUUAAAGACAACCAAGUAGUUCAACUUCAUCCUUCAACAUGCCUUGACCACAAGCCAGAAUGGGUCAUCUAUAAUGAAUUUGUACUCACAACCAAGAACUACAUUCGGACCGUCACCGACAUUAAACCUGAAUGGGUAUUGAAAAUAGCACCUCAGUACUACGAUUUAAACAACUUCCCACAGUGCGAGGCUAAGAGACAGCUUGAACUCCUGCAAGCCAAGAUGGAGACAAGACAGUACCAAGAAGGGUUUUGAUGUACAUGUGUACACAUUCUUUUACACAUAGAACUCUGACUACAACAGACGUACAGUGUCGAUGACAAGUAAUUUCAUUCCAGAGUUAAGCCAUUGUGUAGGGUAAAUGCUUACGGAGGUCACUUCGUUACUCACCUACUGUACAGUUAGUAAUGAAAUGAUAUCGUCAGAAAGGUCAAAUAUUUAUAAAUAAGUUUCCUCGGCAAGAAAGACGUAUAAAAACGGCAAGAUUCAUUUGUGUUCAAACUUUGCGACAUUGCUUUACACGGUAACAGAUUAAUUGAUAUUUAAUUACUCUUGUUCUAGAAAUUAACUCAUUUAUAUGCUGAACCUGCCAUUUUAUUUUACAAAUAUUAAUUUUUUAAAUUUCUUCCAAAUGAACACACUGCCGUCAUUACCAGUCAUGUUUUUAUAAAUGCGCGUUGUCCAUACAAGUGUCGUUGCUUGUAAAGGUGUGCACGAUACAAAUCUCUUGCUUCUUUAUAUACAAUUUCGAUAGUGUACGAACCUGGCGAUAGCUUCUAUCAUGUGGAACGGAGUAUUUAAAUGCCAGAAUUUAACUCCAGGAUUUGAUAGUUUAAUGAUUUACUACUAUGACACACAUCCAGCUGAACAGUAUAUAAGAUGUUAUCACAUGGCCAAUAAAAGUUUAGUGUGUUUAGUUUAAA